AUGGAUCCCUACACGUUCGGUGGCAAAUACAGGCUCGAGGAGGAAAUCGCCAUUGGCGGCUGUGGAACCGUCUUCCAAGGCGUCCACACCGUUGCCGGCAAGGAAGUCGCCAUCAAGCUGGAACCCGCCAUUGCAAAGUCCUCGCCCCUCAAGCAAGAGUCCAAGAUCUACAAGACCCUCAUGGGUGGCCCCGGCGUCCCCUGGAUCAACUGGUCCGGCAAGCAGGGCGACUACAACGUCAUGGUCAUCGACCUCCUCGGCCCCUCUCUUGAGGACCUCUUCCGCAUGUGCAACCGCCACUUCUCCCUCAAGACCAUUCUCAUGCUCGCAGACCAACUGAUCACGCGCAUCGAAUACAUCCACUCCCGCGACUUCGUACACCGCGACAUCAAACCCGCAAACUUCGUCGUCCCAAAGACCUCAGACACCGCUAGCUCCGACUACGUCGUCAACGUUAUCGACUUCGGCCUCGCAAAGAAGUUCCGCGACCCCCGCACCAGCUCCCACAUCCCCUAUCACCAGGAUGACCACCACGGUGUAGGCACCUGUCUCUUCGCCGCCAUCAGCACCCAUCUUGGCAUCGAGUGCUCCCGCCGCGACGAUCUCGAAGGCCUCGCCUACAUGCUCAUCUACUUCCUUCGCGGCACCCUCCCCUGGCGGAAGAUCAAGGGCUCCUCCGUGUCCGACACCUGGGACCUCAUCCGCGACAAGAAGCUCGAGACCGAAUCUGUCCUCACCAUCGGCCUCCCCGACGAGUUCGACAUCUUCUACAAGUACGUCCGCGCCCUCGAGUUUGAAGACCUACCGGACUACGAGGGUCUCCGCACCCUCUUCCGCGGGCUCGCGGAGAAACAUGGCUUCGAGUACGACGGCGUCUUCGACUGGUGCGUCCCCCGCCCAGGCGCGAGCAAGCGCUCCAGCUCGAGCGAGCCUCUCGCGACCCGCAAGCGUGUCUGCCGCAGCUGCUCCGCCUGUCAGGCCGCCACAGAGCGCGCUGCUGCCGCUACCGCCACCAAGGCCGCUCAUGCGGCCCCACGGCGGGCGAGAAUAUAG